AUGGAGAGUGACAAGUGGCCUGGGCCGCGUGCCGUCAAGAUAUACAUCUCAUCGCUCUAUAAUGAUUUUCGCGAAGAACGACGUCAGACUCUGGAAUUGGUCGGUCCCGAAUUGCAGUCCACGUACGACGAUCGAUAUAUUGAGAUCGAGUUCGUGGAUAUGCACUACGGGACUGACGGAGGCGACGAGACUAAUCCGGCUUUACUCAAAUAUCAUCUCGACGAGAUACGCUGCUGCAGUCGCGCUUCCAAAGCCGGAUAUUUUCUGUGCAUAAUUGGCGGCGAAGCGUCUUCAUAUCAACCAGUGUUGCCAUUUACGAUAGAAAAGGAUGUAUUUGAGAAGCUAGUGAAAGCCGAAACGUCACAGAGCGACCUCAUCCGGGACUGCUAUACAAGUAACGGCGCAAGUUAUCAACUGAAUGACGAGAAAUGGAUCUGGGAACCAUCCAGUCGGUACAGCAAUUUAUUAGAACGCGAAGAAGAACGACAGCAGCUUUCAACGGUUCAGAAGGCUUUCACUUCCCUAGCACUGGAGGCGUAUGACAGUGGCCUAGAUGUUGCAGAUUUAUUGCGGAGCCCCGUUGAGAUACAAUGCGAUGUUGCUUUGGAACUCCUAAAGACUGGUAAACACCCUAAGGGCUUAAUAGUUGCACAUCGAGAACUAUCCGCGUUAGAACCAGAUGAUAAUAAAUUAACGACCAUCGCUCACGCAAGAUUAAAAGCUUUGCAGAAGAGAAUAGAGGACAUUUUACCAGACACUCAUAUUAUUUAUCUGGAAGCAUCUUCAGCAGACUCAUCAAGAACAGAUGGUGGAUCAGACAGUGAGGAGAAGUUAUCGCCAUUCCGACAAAAACUACAGACUGUAGUCAGUUCCCUGAUCGAUGACAGUCUUAGUACAGAACCAGAUCAGGGCAAGGGGAGAAAAAAGACUGUACAGGAAGUAUUCCUGGAGCACAUAACUCAUCUUAGGAUAUGCAUAGAGCAUAAUCGAAAAUACCAUCUCACCGUGAAGCACAUAAAAGACACAGCCGAGAGCAUAUUGAACAACGCGAAAGAGAACUACACGAAUAAAUCGAGACACCCGCCAGUUUUAAUACACGGCCCAGAUGCGUCUGGCAAGAGCACGUUAUUGACGCACCUGUAUUAUAAGUGCGAAGAAAUAUUCCCCAAACCGGUGUUGAGGAUCAUCCGGUUUUCGGCAUCCACGCCGCGAUCGGCCUAUAACUUGGAACUGUUGCGAGUGAUGUGCCAACAGAUGUCGAUAAUUUUGAACAUUCCAGAAGGUUACCUGCCGAAGGACGCUAGUUUCGACCCUUUAUACAUCAAUAAUUGGUUUCAAAGUCUUUUGAGACGCUGCGAGGAGAUGGAGAACCAAAUUCUACUCAUCUUCAUAGACAAUGUUCACCGAGUGAAUCCUCUCGAAUGCGAUAUAGUGACAGGUCUAUCUUGGUUACCGAUGUCGCUUCCGCGAAACGUGUUUCUUGUCUGUACGAGCGCUGUAUCAUUAGAUCAAUUACAGCUAACCCCGGCCCAAAAGGAGAAAUUCAAGGUGCAAAGUUGUUAUUAUUUGCUGGAAGCGAUCGAGGAUAUACCGGAGAAUGAUAGCUCCGGGGAGUACGUCGAUAGUGCCUUUGAUAAUUUAGAAGCUGUGUUUGGAGCUAAGGCGUUUAGUAAAUUAGCAGGCUACAUAACUUGUUCAGAGUUCGGUCUCACAGAACUAGAGUUAUUGGAACUUCUGAUGCCUACGAGUAACAGUGAAGCCGUCAUAACACUCAAGGACGCGAACUUUAACUUUUCGACACUGUGCGUCGCUAAAUAUAUAAUGAUGAAAUCGUUAAUCAGCGAAAAUGUGGUAUCCGGCCGGAGUACGUGGCGAUGGCGCGCCGCGUCCGCCAGUGCUAGAGCGAGGCGGCGAUAUGUGCGAGUGCAAAGCGCUUUACGCGAUGCGCAUUCGGACUUGGCUGCUUUACACUUUGCGAGUUUCCUGUGUGACACAGACGACACUGACACGUCGGAAGCACACGAACCAGGAUGUGUGGAAGAGGAUGACGCGUUACUAGACUCAACGCCAUUCCACUCAGCAAGUCGAACAGCCGCUGCCUUCACGCAACGACAUGUUGAGGAGUCCUGGCUGCAUCUCCUCUUAGCCGGAGACUUCUCCAAGCUGAAAGACUUGACUGUCUGCAAUUUCGACUUCUUAUUGGCUGCUGUGCAAACAGUUACCAUAUCUUACCUCCGCUGUAUUCUCGAACACGUACGAUGUUACAUUCUUGAUCGCGACGUGGAGCUAGUGUAUGGGGCAGUGAGGAAAGCCAGCGAUAUCCUCACCAGGGAUCCAAUGCAAUUGGGAGCACAGAUAAUAGCUUGGCUGCGACCAGCUGUCGCGAGACGAGGAGUCCUGGCGACCUUGGUGACAGCUGCGAUGGCCUGGUGUGAUGGAUAUGACAAACCCUUGCUUGUACCGCUUAAUGGAUGGCUUCACCCGCCGAUUGCAUCUACAGUACGAGUGAUGUCCGUGGGAGGAUCUACACCUGGCGCGAGUGCUCGCCUGCUUCAAUUAGCACCUUCGGGACAGCACUUGGUGCUGGCGCCAUCUGCUGGAGAUCCACAGCUUUGGCAUGUGAUGUCCAAUUCAAAAGUCCACACAUUCAAAGGUAAAUUCAAUUUCCAUACUGUGCCAUCUUUUAUCUACUAA